UUUUUGCAACAUUGUCAUUCAUUGUUGAGAUAUUUAUAUUCCUUUAUGUUGGGAUGGAUGCACUGGACAUAGAGAAGUGGCGAUUCAUAAGCCAAAGUCCUGGAAAAUCAGUUGGGAUCAGUUCAGUGCUUCUAGGACUUAUCCUAUUUGGAAGAGCAGCAUUUGUUUUCCCUCUCUCAUUCUUAUCCAAUUUGCUCCAGAAAUCCCCACAUGUGAAAAUUGACAUGAAGCAACAAGUCACAAUCUGGUGGUCUGGUCUCAUGCGAGGUGCUGUUUCUAUAGUACUUGCUUACAACCAGAUGAAGUAAUCAAACUUCAUGGCUAGCUUACAAAAUCCUCAUCUUAUAUUUAUAUCUUGCAUCAAACAUCCACUAAUCAUUACCAGUUAUAUAUAAAUCUCUUACAAUAAUCAUGACAAAU